AUGCCGGUGCUACGAUUUCCUUCUCCUCACGAAAAAAUACGUCCUGACGAUAUUGAACUCAUCUGGCCUUCAAUACAAUUACAAAAUUCUGAGGAUCUCGAAGCAAUCAAGGGAUCCCUGCUCGGUCUAGCAAUAGGAGAUGCACUUGGAGCAAACGUAGAGUUUCGUCCUCGAGAAUAUCUGGUCACUCAUCCUGUCCGUGAUAUGGUAGGUGGAGGUACAUGGAAUUUGCCAGCUGGUAAAUGGACGGAUGAUACUGCUAUGGCUUUAUGUCUUGCUUCAUCACUUAUCGCUCAAAGAGGUUUCAAUCCCUAUGAUCAAAUGGUUCGCUAUAAAUGGUGGUAUAAACAUGGGUAUUUAUCUUCUACUAAGCAUUGUUUUGACAUUGGUGAUGCAACUCGUGAUGCAUUAGAAGAAUUUCAUAAUCGUCAAAAUCAAUUGAAGAGAAAUUUAAACUGUCGUAGUGAAUCGGAAGUUGACCAACUAUCGUUUGAUAUCAUUCAACAAGCCGGUUUUAAUAUAUACUGUAGUCGACCAGGUGUCGCCGGAAAUGGUGCUCUAAUGCGUCUUGCUCCCGUGCCGCUCUUCUUCUAUCGAACACCUUCUCUUGCAGUUGAACUAUGCGGUGAAAGUGCUCGUCUCACACACGGUGAUGAUGUAGCUGUCGAUGCGUGUCGUUAUUAUGGAGCACUGAUUAUUGCAGCCAUUUAUGGUGAACAGAAAGAAAAUCUGUUGAGUAACCAAUUUUAUCAUUAUUAUCAAGAAUGGUUUGGUUCUCGAAAACUUCAUAGCGAAAUUCUCCGCGUCGCCAAUGGAUCGUUUAAAAAGCCAAGAGGUUAUAAAGAUGGAAUUCGAAGCAAAGGAUAUAUCGUGAAAACACUUGAGGCAGCUUUAUGGGCAUUUUGGAGUAGCGAUUCUUUUGCAGAAGGUGCACUCAACGCUGUGAAUCUUGGUGAUGAUACAGAUACUGUAGCAGCAAUCUAUGGUCAAUUGGCAGGUGCCUAUUACGGUUGUGAAAACAUUCCAAAAACAUGGAGAGAUAAAUUGUAUGCCAAUAAAUUGAUCGAGUGUAUUGCUGCAUGGUUACAAACUUUAGGUCAGUCAGAUACCACAUUGCCUGAACAACAAAGAUUGAACCAACGAAUUUCUUCAGCGGAUCAAUCACUACAAUCUAUAGAUAUGAACUUAUUACAAGACAGAAGAUUUGAAUCAACAAUUAAUGAAAUACGGCAACAAAAUCUUAAUGAAAAACACAGCAGAUCAAUUCCACGACAUCCUCGUUCUGGAAUUAGUUAUUGGGCAAGCCAAAAUUUCAGGCAUAGUCAGGAGAUCGAAAACUGA